AUGAGCGAAGUAGUAUUGAAGCAAAAGACUCCUAUCCGAGUAUUGCAUCGGAGAAACAAUGAUACGAGACCAAGAACGAUUCAUAAAGCAGAAGGGAAGAGAUGGGAAGGUAGAUCAGAAAACUGGUUCUAUAUCGAUUUGCUUACUCAAGCGGGCACUUAUAUUAAGGAAUUUGUUCAUGGAGAUUUCGGAAGAACGAAGCCAAAUGUUUCUGAAAUUCUCGGAUGCGAAUGUGACAUUGUCGGACUUGAUGUCACUAACGUCCACCUUGAUUGGCCUCCAACUGCGCCAGAGCAGAUUGUCGAGAAAUCAAGCUAG